AUGUCUGUUUCGGUGUCAUCUACAACACUCUCGCCAGCGGCAAUACAAGAAGCGAGAGCUGCCCGUUUCCUCCAAGGCAUUUGGAAACGAGUCAAGCCCAUGACGCACCAUAACGAUCUGCUGCUGGUGGUAGACUCUGCCCGCAACUUGAUGUGGUUUUCCCAUCAUGAACAGCGUAUUCUUGCUAGCGACAUUCAUACAGAGGCAAAGCUCAAGGCAGCACUCGAGUCUUGCAUGCCCAACAACGAUGAGUUGCGAGCAUUGCUGUGGAAGGUAAUCUCCCAUUUUGAAGACGCUGCGGCCCCGAUGAACUCCGGUGUAUACUCUUUCGGUGGCCUCGAUUAUCUUUGUCGUGGUCAUUGUUUGCUCAACAAUGGACACAGACUCGUUGCUCUUGUUUUUUCUCCGGCAGACCAUGAAGCGGAGAAUCUACUCAUGGAUUUCAGCGACGAGAGCUCUAGCUCCGUGAACCGAGCCUCUGAUUUCGACGCAAACGGCGAAUUCACGGCAUCAAAGGCCUCGUCAACUAUGCCUGGCUCUUAUGGGUCGUUCAAUAAGGGAAACGACCGGGGUGGUAUGCACGAGUUCUUCCCCCGUAUGUCGCACUCUGAAGUCACCUAUUACUAUUCGCUUCUGCCCCGUAGCGAAGAAGGGCACUAUAAACAUACAGAUCGGGCUAGUGCCGACAAGUUCACCGCCCAGGCUGCCUCGGCAGUGGAUGCUGAAAUUCAAGACCCCGACGAGGCUGUUCCUGAAGUUCAGUCCUCAGUCAGACGGUUCAGCACAGUGAACGCCGACGGCAACGACGACGGACAGGGCCGUCCGCAGGCCCCAACUAUACGCAAACCUACCUCGUCGGUCGCUCCCGGCCACUCUUGUCAGGAGUGCGGUACCACCCAAUCGCCCGAAUGGCGAAAGGGCCCCAACGGCUCCAAAACGCUCUGUAAUGCAUGCGGCUUGCGCUACGCUAAGCGGCUCCGCCAGCGAUAA